AUGCGGGCUCUGAUGGACGUGACCGGGGACAGGCUCGUCGAUUGGACUGGCUCUCAUUCAGCAUAUUACGCCCGCAAGAUUGGCCUGUGGUACGCCGUCUUCCUUAUCUCGCCCUUUGUGGGACCCAUGCUCGACAGUUUUAUGGUUGCUGGGCUGGGUGAAUGGCGCCCGCUCUUCUGGCCGGUCUUUGCCUGGACCAUUGGUCUUACGGCCACGAUCGUGGUCUUUGGCGACUAG